AUGAGACAUCGAGAACGAUGGAAACUGAUUUUACUGUUUUCUGUCUGUUUCAUUGUUUGUCUCAUUAUUCUCACUAGUGGUUCAUAUCCAUUCUAUUCGGUAGAUGGGUUGAGACAGUAUAGACGGAAAGAUGGCUGUGAUGUUCCUCAUCUGAAUGCAUGGGAUCCAAGCAUUUCUCAGUUCAUCAAACAAUGGCCACCAUUGAAAUGUCGUCAGACGCAAUAUGAUUUAUCAGAUUAUACUGCUAAUGGAACACUCUACUUACGAAAUGAUCAAAUAAAGCUCUUAGAUCUUUCAAUAGAAUGCAACUAUCGAUGUUAUCAUAAACAAACGGGUACAGAUGAUUAUCUGGCAUAUGAUGAUUGGAUUGAAUUGAAGCAACCUGUUCAACUGCAAUGUGAAUUCGUUGAAGUUCAAUGCAGACGGACAGUAUUACCACAUAAUACUAUUUAUAGUAAUAAUCAUAAUCGUAUUGUCGUUAACGAACAUAAGAAGAUGGAUGAAGCACAGUUCAAGCCGAAUGUCAUCAUAUUCGUAUUGGACAGCGUAUCUCAUUCAAAUUUCAAGCGAUCUCUACCAAAAUCAUUAGAUGUCUUAAAGAAAACUUAUAAAUCUCAUAUAUUCAAUGGAAUGACCAAAGUAGGAGAUCAAUCUUAUCCGAAUGCUGUUGCUUUUCUCGCAGGCAAAACAGAAAAUGAAUUCGGUGCAUCAGACGGUUUUUAUGAUAACCAUUCGUUGAUAUGGAAAACAUUUGAUGAAGCUCAUUAUACAACAUAUUAUGCAGAAGAUUAUCCCGGGUUUAAUCUAUUUUAUUACUUAGCUAAAGGUUUUCAACAAAAGCCUGUUGAUCAUUACUUCAGACCAUUCUGGUUGAAUGUCUAUGGGUCAUAUGUACAUCGUAGUAGUACUAAUCUCUGCUAUGGCAAUACUCCAAUGCAUCAAUUGCAGCUAGACUAUCUAUCUCAGUUCAUUAAAGGAUAUCAUAAUAAAUCCCCAAUAUUUGCAUUGAAUUGGCUUACAGAGCUUGGACAUGACUAUAUGAAUCAAGUUUCUAUCGGCGAUGAGGACAUAGCUCACUUUCUUCAAAGCCAUUACGAGCAUUUAAAGGAUUCAUUUGUGUUUGUAUUAUCCGAUCAUGGACAUCGCUUUGAUGCAAUCAGAGAAACAGCUGUAGGGCGAAUAGAAGAACGUCUGCCCUUUUUCAGUUUACACAUUCCUCAGAUUCUGAGAGAGAAGUAUCCGCAUUUGGAUUCCAUUGUAGAAAAGAAUGUCAAACUUUUAACUACUUUUUGGGAUUUCCAUGUAACAUUACGGGACAUCAUUGAUUUUUCAUCUCAUCAAAGCUGGCAUAAAUUAGCUGAUAACAAUUUGACAGCCUUAGGAGAAGCUGACAAACGUUGGAGAACAUACUCUAACAGGGGCAGAAGCUUGCUUCAUCCAUUACCAGAUCGAACAUGUGUAGAAGCUGCUGUGCCAGAAGAGUAUUGCGUAUGUAAUAUCGAAAAGCCCAUAUCUGCUGCUGAUGACAAAAUCCGUAUGUCUGCUGACGUAAUCAUGAAGCAUAUCAAUGAUAUGUUGAAGCCAUAUCCCCAAUGCUCCCAACUGACAAUUGAAUAUAUAGUUAAUGCUUAUCAAACCUUGUUUGAUAGCUCUCAACAAUCACAUACAUUCAAAUAUCGUUUGAUGUUGAAAGUUCAGCCAUCGGAAGCUUUAUUUGAGAGCUUAGUAUCAUAUGAUUCAAACAAUCAAAUUACCGUAUUAGGAGAUGUUAAUCGUAUAAAUCGAUAUGGUAAUCAGUCAAUCUGCGUUGAUGAACGUCAAGAACUUCGAAAAUUCUGUUUCUGCUCAUCUUGA